UAUAUAUAUUAUAUAAUUCCAGACCACAACAACAACAUCAUCAUCACCACAGAAAACUAUUCCACAGUAGCAAUUCUUUUGGCCAGAGUGACAUGGGAGGAGUAGACAAGAGAAAACGGACAGACGACAGAGAAAUGGGCGGAAAGAGAAGCAAGGCACGUGAGGAUCAUGACGGUGUGAAGAUGGCGGCAACCCAAGAGGAUGAGGAGGUGGAUGAGUUCUUCGCCAUUCUCCGGCGGAUACACGUCGCAGUCAAGUACUUUGAGAAGCGUUACGCCGUCCCCGAGGGCCGCCGGCGUGUAUUCACGGCGUGGAGGCCGUCUUUUACGUGGGAAGAUUUUGAGGGAGUUAACGGUGUCAACGAGCCGGCCAAUAGAGAGGAGAGGCCGGAGAGCCGAUAUUUGGAUCUUAACAGCGACCCAACCAAAUUAGUCACCCAUCCGAAAUUGAAAACAGUCCUAAAAUAAAAUUUUAGGAUUUGUUUGACAAUCGUUUUUAUUUUGUACUUUUACUUUGAUCAAAAGCAGAAGCAAUGUUUUUACUUUA